AACCGCUCGCCGUAGGCGAAGUGCCGCCACCGCCUGGCGCUUCCCAGCAAGGAAGCGGCGGCAAGCGGCGGCCCUCUCCUUGCUCGCUGCGGCGCCCGGGGAAAGCGGAGGAAUGGCGGCUGCCUCCGGCAAGGCGCGGAGCCGCUUCGUGGUGGUGGGCGGAGGCAUCGCGGGAGUCACCUGCGCCGAGAAGCUGGCCGUGGAAUUCCCAUCAGAAGACAUUUUAGUGACAGCUUCUCCAGUUAUAAAAGCUAUAACAAAUUUCAAACAGGUCUCCAAAACACUUGAGGAAUUUGAUGUAGAAGAGCAACCAAGUUCCUUAUUAGAAAGACGAUAUACCAAUAUUAAAGUUAUACAGUCUGGAGUAAAACAAUUGAAAAGUGAUGAGCAUAAAAUUUUCACUGAAGAUGGGAAAGAGUAUAUGUAUGAAAAACUUUGCCUGUGUGCUGGAGCAAUACCAAAAUUAAUUUUUGAAGGAAACCCAUAUGUAUUAGGAAUCCGGGAUACUGACAGUGCACAGGCUUUUCAGAAGCAUUUGGCCCAAGCUGAGAGAAUAGUAGUGGUAGGAAAUGGUGGAAUUGCACUUGAAUUAGUGUAUGAAAUCGAAGGCUGUGAAGUAAUCUGGGCUAUCAAAGACAAAGCCAUUGGGAACACCUUUUUUGAUGCAGGAGCAGCUGAAUUUCUUACUCCAAAGCUAACUGCUGAAAAACGAGAGACUCCAAUUGAAUGUAAAAGAACCAAGUAUACAAUGGAAGGAAGUGAGAAAAAAGAAAGACCUGUAGCAGCAUCUGACAAAAUGGGCAGUGCCUUAGGCCCCGACUGGCAUGAGGGCUUACAUCUUAAAGGGACUAAAAAGUUUUCUCAUAAAGUACAUAUUGAAAAACUAUGUGAAGUAAAGAGAAUACACCUACAGCAAGAAUUUUUACAACUGCAACAGAUGUCUUUGGCUUUUCCUAAGGAAGAGAAAAACGUAGAACCAGAUGAGGUGCUAUGGCCUGUAUAUGUGGAAUUAACUAAUGGAAAAAUUUAUGGAUGUGAUUUCGUUGUCAGUGCAACUGGUGUUGUGCCAAAUGUCAAACCAUUUCUUGAUGGCAAUAAUUUUGCUAUAGGUGAAGAUGGAGGUCUUAAAGUAGAUAAAUACAUGCACACAUCCCUGCCAGACAUCUAUGCAGCUGGGGAUAUCUGCACAGCGUCGUGGGAACCUAGUCCAGUGUGGCAUCAGAUGAGACUGUGGACUCAAGCUAGGCAGAUGGGAUGGUAUGCAGCAAAAUGCAUGGCAGCAGAUGCUUUAGGGGAAUCUAUUGAUCUGGAUUUCAGCUUUGAACUGUUCGCUCAUGUAACAAAAUUUUUCAAUUACAAGGUGGUGGUUUUGGGAAAAUACAAUGCUCAAGGCUUGGGUUUAGAACAUGAACUAAUGCUGAGAUGUACUAAAGGACAAGAGUAUGUUAAAGUGGUGAUGCAGAAUGGACGAAUGAUGGGCGCUGUGCUGAUUGGUGAAACAGACUUGGAAGAAACGUUUGAAAACUUGAUUUUAAAUCAAAUGGAUCUUUCAGCCUAUGGUGAAGAUCUCCUGAAUCCAGAUAUUGAUAUAGAAGAUUAUUUUGAUUGAAUGAAAACCCAUUUCCAUUUUGUAUAAAGUUUUGACAUUGAUUAAUGACUGAUAAAACUGCUUCCUUGGGAUUACCAGAAAUCAGGGAUAAGUGCAAUUCCUUAUUAAGAUUUUGUGUUAAUAUUGUCAACUUACUGAAAAGCAAAUUAGGUUAAUCUGUGUACAAGCACAGGAACAAAGGCACGUGAAUUAGUAUUGGCAGUGAAUUUUGAUGUAUGUUAGACGAAAACGUGAGAACAGGGCUCCACCACCCCUAAAAAGCAAGCUUUGCUAUGCUGUUAAGAUAGCACUGCAUUUACCUGAAUGCAGGGUAGCUUUCACUGUUGAAAAGAAUUUAAAGCUCAAUGUAAUACAUGUUACAUCCAGUGCGUUCUUGCUUGGGGAAGAACUAUCUAUAAUGUGCUACCAUCCAUUCCACUAGCAUCCCUCCACUGCUCAAACCUGUGAGUACUUGCUGAAGGUUUCAAGUCUCUUACAGCUGAUUACACUGUCUCUUGCAAGCUGGCAAAUCUUUAUGGCACAGGGCACUCAGCUCUUGCCACCUGGAAUGUGGCUUACAAAUAUACAGCAAGCUGUAUAAUUUUUUUUCCUUUUUUCCCAUAACUUAAUUUCUAAAAGAAAAGUAUUUUCUACUCAGCUAAAUGCAGAAGACAAUCUUUGAACUAUGAAAGCUAGGAUGAAGUGUCCUUGAGAUGUUAAUUGAGAGCAGUAUUUAUUUUUUUAAACUGUUUGUCGCUUCAGCUCUCUAGGUAUUUUGGUAAAGCUGCACCAGUGCAUCUUGUGUGAUUUUCAGCUGGACCACUGCAGGGGUCCA